AUUUUUAACAAGAUGGCAGGGAAAGAGCUGUAUUUCUAAUGCCUGUUGUGAAGUCCCCCUGUGGUUUUGAGGAGCGACCGUAGGUCUCUGAGAAUGAGCACGGAUCUGGAGCGCGUUUCCCUCAAGUCGGGCACAAACUCGCUGGGCUCUGGUGGCCGCGCGUUAUCCGUUAACGUCAAGAAGUUGCACAACGCGCUCAACGUACUGCUCAACGACUUCGAACGGGAGCAGUUUAUCCACUGCCUCAACGUUUACCACGCUAAGCGUAAUGUCUUCGAUCUCGUGCAGACUCUCAAAGUCAUUCUCAACACACCCAACAAACGCCAACUUCUACCCAUGCUGCGCAUGGUCAUACCCCGCUCGGACCAGCUGCUGUUCGACCAGUACACGUCGGAAGGUCUGUAUCUGAAAACGGAUCUGCUAGCAAGCAGUGUCACACAUGAGUGCUCGGAAGAAAUAAGCAACACGAAUGCCCAUGCAGGAGCAUCAUCAGUGCACUUUCUUCAUGAGAGCGAGCAAGCCGGUCUCAGUCAAGGAUCUGUGCGCGCAGGUCCCGUUUUCAGCACCCCAGCUGAGGGGACAGCUCCAGCGGGCCCUUGUGCGGCGUUGAUACAGGACGCUUCUGAUGAAAUUCGGCAGGUGACGCUGAAACGGAGCAAGAGCUUCGAAGGCCUGGGCUUCAGCAUACGGGGUGGAUCAGAGCAUGGAGUUGGGAUCUAUGUGUCUUUGGUGGAGCCGGGAUCAUCCGCUGAGAGAGAGGGGCUGAGAGUUGGAGACCAGAUCAUGAAAGUGAAUAACGUGGUUUUUGACCGAGUCACCCAUGGAGAAGCUGUCAAGGUAUUGAAAGGUUCUAAAAAGCUUUCCAUGUCUGUCUGUUCCAUGGGACGGAUCCCAGGUGGUUAUGUUACCAAUCAUGUAUACACAUGGGUGGACCCCCAGGGUCGCAGUUCGUCCCCACCCCCAGACCUGGUGGAGCAGCAUGGCUCAGGAGGAAGACACCUGGACAUCCAGCAACACGGCUACACACACUUACAGCACGAGCCUGCUGAGAAGAGGGUGAAUAUCUCACUGAAUGACGGGCGAUCUCUAGGUCUUAUGAUCCGUGGGGGUGCUGAGUAUGCUCUGGGCAUCUACAUCACUGGAGUGGACCGAGGCUCAGCUGCAGAGUAUGGCGGACUAAAGGUAGGGGAUCAGAUACUGGAUGUCAAUGGCCAUAGUUUCCGAAGUAUUCCUCAUGACGAGGCUGUGCAAAUCUUAAAGAAUUCCCGCAACAUGUUGAUGACCAUAAAGGAUGUGGGGCGGCUGCCUCAUGCACGCACUGUGGUGGAUGAGACCAAGUGGAUCCCUAGCUCACAGAUUGCUGAGAGCUCAGCCAAUAGCAACGCCCAUAGUGGUCUGUCUGCUGAUGUUGGAGCAAGUUCAGGAAAGUCAGUCUGCCGUAAAGGUGUUGUGCCUACUGUCGGAGCAGUGCGUGCCGGAGUGUGGAGCUCAUUGGAGGAACAGGCGGUCAUGCUUUUGACAGAGACAGAGAGACAGACUAUGAGCUAUUACAUUCAAGAGUACCAGUGCAGCCAUAUUGGAGUAGAGCCUCUGGCGAUGGCCCUGUUUGAACUCUUCAACACUCAUGCCAAGCUGUCCUUGCUGGCCGAGGUGCGGACUCUGAUCUCUCCACAGGAUCUGGAGCGUUUCGACAGGCAGGUGUUACAUCGCGAGAUGGAGGCGUGGAGAGCCCGGCAUGGAGGCCCAGGCCUGCUGCACCCCGACUCUAUCUGCGUUUCGCAUCCGGAGGGACAGGCUCCCUCUGCCUGCCAGAUGACCCUUGGCUUCAACAAGAGUGAGUACAGGUUGGAUGGAGGUUUGAUGCCUCUUGAGUGUCUGAAUUCUCUUCCUGACAUCGCUCUGGACAAGGUGCAGUCCUCACCCGAGUCACCGCCCCCUUUCAAGCCUCCCCUUCCACCUGCUCAAGGCAAUGUUAGACAUGGAAGCCCUAAAGGUCAGACCAAACGACCUUCGUCCAAGCUGUUCCAGUCCAACCUGCUCUUUACCGCACCCUGUAGGCGGCACCAGGAAAACCACGCCCACAAUUACCCUCACUCACUCCCGCCCUGCUCCGCCCACACCUCACCAUGUACCAUCCACCACACCUCUUCCACCUGCUCUGUCCAUCACUCUUCACCACCUUGUUCUCUUCAUCAUAACUCUCCGCGGUCCUCUAAUCAUGCAAACCCUUCCUCUGGACCGCCGGCGAGAGAUCUGGUUCAGUUUCUGAUGAGCAGGCAGGCGGCAGUGCUCUCCCCAUAUCCAGAGUCUCCUAAUCGUUCUCGGGAAGGUACCCCAACCCCCAUGAUCUCUCCCCGCUCCUCACCAUCCCUUUCGCCUUCGCUACUAAUGCCUGCGCCACCCCCCUGUAGCCCUGAGAAGCCUGAAGGCUCCCCCUCUACACAUGUCUGUGGUGCAGCCAAAAGCAGCCCACUACACGCUGAGCCUGAGAUGGCAGAGGAGAGACCACAGCUACGAGGAGCCACGCUGUCCCAGCUGUCAGACAGUGGGCAGACUCUGAGCGAAGACAGUGGAGUGGACAUCGCAGAGGCUGGAGGAUUGAGCAAGGACAGCAGUCCGCGGCCUGGUAAACCUCCCUUCCUGCAGGUCAUAGGGGACUCGCGCAGACUGGAAGGACUUGCACAGGCUGCAAAACAGAUGGGAAUAAUAGAGCCUACUCUUGUACGGGUACGCAAAUGUGCCAGUACACUGGGUAUUGCUGUUGAAGGGGGUGCCAACACCAGACAGCCACUGCCGCGCAUUGUGACCAUACAGAAAGGGGGCUCUGCAGACAUUUGCGGGCAGUUACGGGUGGGUCAGGUGAUUCUUGAGGUGAACGGUGAGUCACUUAAAGGCAUGGAGCACCGGGACGCGACUCGGGUCAUUGCAGAGGCUUUCAAGACCAAAGACAAGGACCAUGUCGACUUCUUGAUCGCAGAGUUCAACUCCACUCUGUAGAAGUCAUCCCCUGAGAGACUUUGCAAACCAGAUGACACUGCAAAGACCAUGCACUUUACAACACUAUCCCUACAGAAGGAUGGAAUGAGUCAUACUUGUCAUAUCUAUGUCACAAUUAGCUUGCAGUUCAAGAGCCACCAUACACCCACCUUGCAUCUCUGUUCUCGCUACAAAAGCAAGCAGUCAGACUGUCAUGCCUGGUUAAUGACAUCCACCACACACGUACAUUGUAUGAUCUCAGUAUGUCCCAGUGUUUGAACUGCAGGCCCUGAAUGAAUGCCAAGACUGUUAUAUAGAUCAGUUUGAUAGGACAAGAUCAGGGUUUUAGGUUUUAUUUAAGCCUAUUAUAUCUUCCCACAUAUAUGAUCUCUCUAAAGCCAAAGCAUUCAUAUGUGGUAUCCUCUCGCUUCAAGGACAACUCCUCACCAUUCACAGAUAAAGAGCAAAUGGACAGCAUUUAUACCUAAAAUCCAGUGUGAGAGUGACAUCAUUAUCGGUAAAUGGAAUAUCACGCUUAAACAAUGAUGGCGAAGAAUUGAGGCUUCUAACAGACACAAACUGUCUAUCCAAUGAAGAAUAUUAAAUCAAAUCAAGGCAAAGGAUGCAAUUGCUAAUCUGCCACUGAAAACCCCAUAGCAGUUAUCAUAUUAUCAAAUGAUACAGUCAUUGUUUUUGUUACUGUUUCAUACACUACUACUUUAAAACUGAAUGGAGGCAGAGAAUUAUUUCUGGACAGACAGAGAGAGGAGGAGAAUGCCUCAGCUAUCUCAAAGCUCUUUUACAUCUUUGUUUUCUCUCUCAUUGCUUCUUUAUCUUUCUUUCUCUCCUUCUGUCUUGCUCACACACACAAAAUGCACACUCUUUUUUCCGUUUGUCUUAUGUUAGUCUGCAUACGUCAUAGACAAGUUUCGGAGAAGUAUUGAAGAUGUGUAUAGUAGUAUUUUUGGGAAGAGAUCAGAUGUACAAUGUACUGAAACAGAGGAAUAUUCAAUAUUUUUAUUUAUUUAUUUAUUUAUUUUGGUAAAUUCACGGCUUCUGAUUAUGCAACAUACAGAGAGAGUUAUUGUAUAUAGGUAAAAUUAUGUAAAGCUGUAUAUAUUUUAUGUAAUAUAUAUUUUUUGCACAUACUGUUGAUAUGUUUUAAAUGACUACAUCAAAACCCUCAAAUAUUAAACCAAAACAUCACCAGUUAGACUAGAAACAUGGAUGCCUAUAGCUUUACAACCCCAUAAAAUGAUGUUCUAUCUUUUCCCUUCAGAUGUUUUAUCCAUACACCACAAACCAUCAUACAUAUAGACUGUCAUUAAGUUUAUACAUAUGUCCAUUGUUUAUUUGUUGUACUUUGCAAUGUGAAAUACAUAAUAAUGAAUCUUACAGGAACUGUAAUAUCGUAGGCUAAUUACGGAGCAGUUGUAUAUACAGUGCACUGGAAGAGGGUAUCAAUAUUUUGCCUGAAAUAUUUAUGAUUUAUGCCAAGAUGAAAAGGUGAAGUAAAUAAAUAUUCAAAGACUGAAUAUACA